AUGGAUGCCAUGGAGAGAGGCGAGCGCGCGCCGCUCCUGCCAGAGAGUCAGGCAAAAAAGAUUCAAGAGGAGAGCCUGCAAGUGCCACUCCUGAAGCAUAAGAAGCGCGGCGGCAGCAAGGCACCGGCAGUAAUUCUAGGUUUCGAAUGCCUCGAGAGCACGGCGUUCAACGGCAUCUCCACGAACCUGGUAGUGUACCUGGAGACUGUGCUCCACGGCGGCAACCUCGCCAGCGCCUCCAACGUCACGACCUGGUUCGGGACGAGCUACCUGACUCCGAUCUUCGGCGCCGUCAUCGCCGACACCUUCUGGGGCAAUUACAACACCAUCCUCGUCUCGCUCGCUCUCUACCUUCUCGGCAUGAUGCUCAUCACCUUCUCCGCGUUCCUGCCCACGACCACCACGGCGGCGCUGUGCGCGGUGGGCGCCUCGUGCGCCGCCACUGCCACCGCGGGCACGUGGGCGGUGAGCUCCCGGACUGUCGCGUUCGUGGGGCUGUACCUCGUAGCGAUCGGGGCCGGUGGGGUGCGGUCUUCGCUGCUGCCGUUCGGCGCGGAGCAGUUCGACGACGACAACGCAGCGGAUAGGGACGGGAAGGCGUCCUUCUUCAGCUGGUUCUACCUCUGCGUCUCCUUCGGCCCCAUCAUCUCCGGCGUGUUCCUCGUCUGGAUCCAGCAGAACGUCAGCUGGGGCCUCGGCUUCGGCAUCGCCACCGCGUGCAUCGCGGUCGCCUUCGCCGCCUUCGUGCUCGCCACGCCCCUGUACAAGCGCCGCAUGCCCACCGGCACGCCGCUCAAGAGCCUCUGCCAGGUGCUCGCCGCCGCGUGCAGGAAGAUCAGCGUCAGGGUGCCCGCAGAUGCCGGCUUCCUCUACGAGGUCAGCGACAAGAUCGACUCGCAGCCCAAGAUCGCGCACACCAGCGAGUUCAAGUUUCUCGACAAGGCGGCCAUCGUCACGGAGUCGGACAUGGAGGAGAGGCCGGAGGCGGCGACCUCGUGGAAGCUCUGCACCGUGACUCAGGUGGAGGAGCUCAAGAUCCUGCUGCGGCUGCUGCCCGUCUGGGUCACCAGCGUCAUCGUGUCUUCGGCAUACGCGCAGAUGAACACCACGUUUGUCCAGCAGGGCAGCGCCAUGGACAUGACCAUCUUGUCGGUGUCGGUGCCGGCGGCAUCCUUGGGCUCCUUCGAGGUGGUCUGCGUCAUGACCUGGGUGCUCCUCUACAACAAAGUGAUCGUGCCGGCACUCAGGAGCUUCUCGUCUCGCCCCGACGGCGAGCCGUCGCACCUGCAGCGGAUGGGCGCCGGGCGGCUGCUCAUGGCGCUCACCAUGGCGGCGGCGGCGCUCGUGGAAAUGAAGCGGCUCGACGGCGCGGCGCGCGGCGAGGAGAUCGGCAUCGCGUGGCAGCUGCCGCAGUACUUCCUCCUGGCCGGCGGGGAGGUGUUCUGCUACAUCGCGCAGCUCGAGUUCUUCUUCGGCGAGGCGCCCGACACCAUGAAAAGCAUGUGCACGUCGCUCGCGCUGCUCACCGUCGCGCUCGGGAGCUACAUGAGCUCCUUCAUCUACGCCGUCGUGGAGGUCUUCACGGCAACCAAGGGAAGGCCCGGGUGGAUAUCCGACGAUCUCAACCAGGGCCACCUCGACUAUUUCUUCUGGGCAAUGGCGGCAAUGUGCACGCUCAAUUUCGUCGUGUACAGCGCCGUCGUCAAGAACUACAAGCUCAAGAUGGUCAUCUCGUGA